AUGAUGCCCAUUAUUAAUCUUCUCACUGAGAUUCUCCUUGAUUUCGAUGACCCUGAUGCCAUUCAGCCUACACGAAUGGUUGAGCUGCUUAACUAUACUGUCAACACAUUGCUGGUUUUGUGCACUACCGAUCCUUUGCCUCCUGUUAAUUUGACGAACAGAGCCAUACCGAUACUUGGGGACCUUUUACGCCCACGCAUGGGGUUCCCCGAUGCUCUCGUCGACCAAGCGCUGAGUGGUCUUGUUUCUUUGACUCGUUCCAGCAACAACAGUGCUCUUCGCUUACUGAUACACUCAGGCGCCAUUCCUUGGAUUCUAAAUCUCAACGGUCACUCUGAUAGGAUUUGCAAAAUUGGAUAUCAACAAGGAGAGGAGAAGAGAAUACAAAGUUAUUUGAUUGAGCAAUAA